AUGUUUACCUGUAGCUUUCAGCUGCUCAUGCUAAAGAUCUUGCAAGAAAAAGCCGUUCUACUCGAAUCACAGUAUACGCAACACCAAGAGGAUAUACGUCGAUUAGCCGAGCGAUUAAGCCGAGACGUCGAGUUGCUUAGUUUCUCGCCUGUCGAUCUACACGAUGCCAAAACGUAUCUUAAUGACGACGUAACGGUGUUUCGAUAUCUUCGAGAAAGCGGGUUUGACGAGACAACAGCACACGAACGACUCUUGGAUACUAUACGGUGGCGACAAGAACAUGGUGUCGCACGUAUGACGUAUGAGUCAGUUGCUAGUGAAUUCUAUGACGGAGGAUUUGCGUUCUUCCACAAGCAGGACAAGUUGGGCCGACCUGUUGCCGUAGUGCGCAUGCGCCAUUUUCCGCAGUUUCAUGACAAGUCAAAGAGUCUUACGGAUUUCAUACGACCUUAUGCGUGUCUUGUGAUGGAGAUGGUCCGUAAGGUCAUGCUGGAUACCACAUGGAAUAAUCGAAGGAACAACAAUGACUCCAAGUCUUGUGCUCUUGUGUCUCAGAUGGCAGUUAUCAUUGAUAUUGGAAAGGCUCCGUUUAUUCCAAUUGACGCACAAUUGGUGAAAACCAUGAUGGAGUUGAUGGAUAAACGAUUUCCUGGAUUCAUUGGGUCGAUCUAUGUGAUGAACUUUGGAUGGAUGUAUCAGGGAAUUUGGCAAAUGGUUAAAUAUUUGCUGAGUGACGAAGCACGGAGCCGGAUAAGCUUUCCUACAGCUCAGGAGGUUCUAGAAAUUGUCCCCAGAGAGAAUUUGUUGACCGAAUUGGGCGGCGAAGACGAUUUUGAAUGGACAUUCGAAACUGACUCAGUGCUACAAAAGUAUGGGAUGGGUGCCACGGAAGAAGAAGAAGAUCAGGUUGUACCUAUCGUCGACGAAAAGGAGGUCCAAGAGGGCGUACCACCCUACACUUUCGAAGAACCCCUCGAACGACCCGAAGCUGCCGCAUCAACACGCCUGUCACGAAGCACCUCAUUUUCUUCUGUUGAAUUCUAUGACGCGAACGAUACGUUUGUGACCGAUACAUCAUCCUCUGGUUUUGUCAGUGCCUAUGCCACCCCGGGCUUUGCAACACCAGUGUCAGCACAUCCUCCGCAGGUACCGCCACCGCCACCACCACUCGAAUUGCCACGGUCGCUAUGGCUUCCCGUGCCAGCCACCGGUCAAAGCAAUAACACUUUCUACUCCUGGACCGGACUUCACAUGGGCGCAGCGUUCUUAACAUCAUUUAUCGGUGGACGAGGAGGGGGAGCACACACUUCGCAUCAUCAACCACCAAGGUCAACGUUUCAUUUCACUACAAGCAGCGCACCACCAUCCAUGGGUAUCAACGGCUUUGCACUUGUCGAUCGAUUAAAUUUGCUACAACAUGAACAGGAGCAACAGGAGCUGCAGCAGCAAGACGAAAAGACGUAUAUGCUCUUGGAGGAGGAAGGAGAAGAACUUGUUGAGCUGCACCGAGAACAGCAUACCCCGCAUUUUCCACAUUUGUUACCACCUGAUGUUCCACAAUCCGCUUAUGCGCUUGCGCCUGUGCGGAUGCAGCUGCAGCGGAUUGAACAUAGAUUCAUCAGGCUGACGCGACGUAUCUUCCGUCUAUCGUUUGCUUACAAAGGAGCCAUCUACUGGGUCAUUUUCUACAUUUUCCUGCGCGGUCCUGUUGAGCAUGUGCUGCGACGGUCACUUGCUUCGGUCAUUGCGGCUCCACAAAAGAUAUCCUACACAACCAUUGGUAUCACGGCAGCAGUAGCAGCAGCAAUUGGCUCCUCUGUUACUGCCUCUGUGAGUAGUGGCAGCAGCAGUAGUAAUAGAAAAAGCAUUCGCCGUCGACCACCAUCCGAGUAA